AUGUAUAGUCUACCGACUUGGAACGAACUCGCCUUUCACUCCUCCUGGAAAGGGCUCCAAAUGUUUUUCAUCCUGGUCGGCGGCAUCACUGCUUUCCAUUGGACCACGCUAUUUCUCGAUAGGCACGCUUGGAGCCAUAGAUUGGCGGGGGCGUUUCAUUUUUUCUGGCUCGCUUUUGGAAGUUCAACAAUUGAUCGGCAACGCAGCUCCACGGUUGCCUUCGCCUACGAUAUCGUGCUCGGUUGCUCGGGACUUUUGACCACGGUCACGGCCGCGCGCGAUUUUCCGCAUCGCUACGUCCGCAAUGCUCCCGGUCAAUCGGGGACUUUGUCGGAAAAAGCCAUGGUGACUCAAGCGGAGAUGAUGGAACACUCAUUCUACCAAUUCUUGAAUCUUUGGCAAGUCCUAUACUUGAAUGCGAUUCGUUUCGUGUUGGACGAUGCGGCGACGAAUUUUCGGAACGAAUCGGUGACGCUCGCCUUGCGUUUCUCCUUGUUAUGGUUAGUGACGGCGCCAUGGUGUGUGCGAGACCGAUUUCCAGUGCACUCCUUUCGUCGAAACUGGCAACAAACCCCCAGUGCGAAGUGUACCGUAUCGGAGACACUGAUGUACAGAAUCAAGAAAGCUCAGUAUCUGGUUUACAAGCACGUCAUUUUGCACGGUUUGAACUUGACCGUUGGUCUCUCUACAAACCGGCCGAUCAACUCGUUCCUGACUACGCCUUGCUGGCGAAUAUUCUGGCUGUGUCUCAAUACCGCCUACGUUAUGGAAUUUUUUCUACAGUCUUUGGUAAAGCGCAAAGUACUGUCACAGGCGUCCAUGCUGACUUUGAAUCGUAUGCUCAUGGUGGUAUCGACUAUCGCUGCCAUGCAAUCUGUUAUAGGUAUGGUUUGCUUGGAGCUUUGUGCUGUUUCAUUGCUUUUGAAUUUAGUAAACCGACACCAGGAUGUAAUCAAUACGCUCGGAAUUGGCAUCGCGUUUGUGCUUUUGACGAACCAGACAUGACCCACACAUUGCAGCAAACGAGCGACAAUAGAAAAACGGGAUCGGCAUGUUCUACCCGCUUGCAAAUGGAAUCACGACAACGGGAUUAUUGGUUGAGCGUACGUAAUUUGUUUUGUUCAACGAUUGCUCAAAGCCUCUAUGAUGCUAAAUGAUCGAUACGAAUGACUGGAAUAUUCAGACGGACGUGUUUCCUCAGAGAAUUAUUAAGGCACUGCCUGAAACUUCU